GGCAGACCCCAUGGGACAGCUGGCCUCCUGGCUGGGGUGCCUCUGGAUAAUCACACUGUUACUUGCUGUGCCCACUCACUGUGUGCCAGGGCCACACUCUGGCUCUCCAGGUCACCUCCGCCAGGCGCGUCACCUCCGCCAGGCGCACACCCAGCACCGGCAGCGACCCAAACCAGGUGGAGGAGCUCUCAGAGCGGUCCCAGCUGCUGCCCAGGACCGCCCCCCGCCAACACCCUCAGUGAUGCCUCCUCGCCCUGUUUGGUUGGCCUGUUGCGGUCCCCUCAUCUCUGGUCCUCGGGGGCUCCUCUGAGUCCCCCCUCCAUGUCCGGGCCCCCAUGGCGGGCACGGCGGUGGCGGGCCGGGGGCGGGUGAGCGUGCAGGAACACAUGGCUAUUGACGUGAGCCCGGGCCCCAUCCGGCCCAUCCACCUCAUUUCUGACUACUUCCCGCACUUCUACCCCUUCGCUGAGCCACCCUGCGCACGAGACCUACGCCCUCCAGUGACCCCCACCAUCCGCUCUGCAUCCCAGUCCCAGCCGGACCCAGAGCCAGAGGGAGACUCAGACGACAGCACCACCCUCGGCACCCUCGAGUUCACGCUUCUUUUUGACACGGACAAUAGCACCCUGCACUGCACAGCUCACCGUGCCAAGGGCCUCAAGCCACCGGCCUUGGGCUCUGUGGACACCUAUGUCAAAGCCAACCUGCCGCCCGGGGCCAGCAAGGCCAGCCAGCCGCAACACGCACGGUUCGGGGCACAAGGGGGCCUGUCUGGGAGGAGACACUCAUGGCUUCACCCUCCAGGACGCCUGGCGCAAGACCCUGCGGCUGUGCAUCUGGGAGAACCCACGGCAACGGCGGCGGCACCUCCCCUGGGGGAGCUGCGGGUGCCCCUGGGGAAGCUGGUGCCCAACGGAGCCAGGAGCUUCGAUGUGUGUCUGGAGAGGCGGAGGCUGACCAAGAGGCCCGAGAGCCUGGACACAGCACGUGGCAUGUCUCUGUAUGAGGAGGAGGCGGUGGGGGCUGAGGUGGCCGGGGAGGAGCGUGGGCGCAUCCUGCAGUCGCUGUGCUACAGCUCUCAGCGGGGCGGCCUGCUGGGGUGUGCCCACCUCGCCCCCACGGACACCAACGGCUACUCGGACCCCUUCGUCCGCCGUUACCUGCAUCCAAAUGGGGGGAAGAAAUCGAAAUAUGAGACCAGUGUUCGGAAGAAGACCCCGAACUCCGGGUUCAACGAGGAGUUCCUCUGCGCAGGCCCGCGGGAGGAGCUGGCGCAGAAGACACUGCUGGUGUCUGUGUGGGAUGAUGACCCGGGCACAGCUGACGACUUCACUGGUGGGGUGCAGCUGAGUAGCUGGGCCCGUGGGGAGCGCCAGCAGUACUGGUGUGAAUGCCUGGGCCGCAGUGACCACCAGCUGGAGCUGUGGCACCCGCUGGACGGCGUGCCCCUCCAGCUCAGCGGCUAGCGGGGGCCCCCGGCCUGGCCUUGCUCACUGCGCAUCCCCCAGACUGACCCGCGGCCGCCUCCAUGGAGCUCGGAGGACCUGGGGCUGCCUCACCCACUGUGUCCACCCCUAGUCAAUUGCUUCCUUCCUUCCCCCCUUUCAAAUUCACCCCACUGCCAAAUCAUGAAGCAAGAAUAAACCUCUCCUCCAAACCAGA